GGUGGUCGCAUUUAGAACAAGAUCAGUCAUGUUAAGCAUGUUUCAGGAACGCGUAGACCUACCAGACAGUUAGAUUUUUGACAACGUUUUUGUUAAAGCAAGAACAGCCAUGGAUCCUCAUUCUAGUGCCCAGGAUGUACCUCGAUGUGACCUUUGUGAGAACACAUUAGUACACAGCUACUGUGACUUUUGUCAUGUCAACCUCUGCAAGUCCUGCAUUGGAGAUCACAUCUCAGAUGGAUACGACAAACAUAAAAUAGUUCCUUUCCAGGAACGAAGAUCAACUCUCAUCUAUCCAAAAUGCGAAACGCACCCACACAGAAUUUGUGAAUUUCAGUGCAAGGAUUGUGACAACAUUUUUGUUUGUUCUUCCUGCAUAACAUCUGAACAUCACAAAGAACAUAGUUUUGUAGAAGUUACAGAAAUUUACAAGACAAUGAAAGACAAUAUAAAAAAAGACACAAAAGAGUUAGAAAAUCAUAUUUCUCCUAUAUAUGAAGAAAUUGAACUUGACUUAGAAACUCAGCUUGCCAAACUGGAUGCAGGAUAUGAGAAACUUACAACAAUAAUGUCCAAACAAGGAGAGCAAUGGCACAGAGAAAUCGACAUCAUCAUCAACAAAAUGAAAACCGAAAUUAACGAGAUAAAAGUGAAACACAGAGACAUUUUAAAGAAACACUUGAAUGAAAUCAAACAGACACAGUCUCUUAUGAAACAAACAUUACAAGCCAUAAGGAAAAUCAAGAAAUUCACUGACGUAUCUUCUACCAUUGAAUACAGCUCUAAGAUCAGAGAGUUUAGCAAGCUUCCACCCAAGGUCCAGGUAUCACUGCCAACAUUCAUUCCAAAACCAAUAGACCGUGAGAAGCUGUAUAGUUUGGUUGGACAGAUCAACCCAUUAUCUACCGAUACAGAGGAAGAGGCCUUGUCACAGAACCAACCCACCACUUCAUUCAGAGAACUACUGGAUGAACCGGAGCUUGUUGCCACAAUACAGACUGGGUAUAAAGAACCAUACAAUGUUACCUGUCUAAAUGAUGGUAGUAUAUGGACGAGUGGAAAGACCAAAGAUAUCAAAUGCUUCAACAGUAAAGGUUCACUCCUCCAGACAAUCAAAACAAAAUCAGAAGAAUGGCCUAAUGAUAUAACUGUAGACAGUGAUGGGAAUCUACUGUACUGUGAUUGGACAGACGGGACAGUAAAUAAAGAAAAGAAUGGACAAACGGAAGUUUUGAUCACAUUACCAGAGGAGUGGACGCCUAAUAAGCUGUGUGUCACUUCUACUGGUAAUCUUCUGGUUACCAUGUUCAGUAUUGAUGAAAUUCAAUCCAAAGUGGUCCAUUACUCAGGAUCUACAGAAAAACAAACAAUUCAAUUUGAUGAUGAAGGUAAACCUCUGUACGCAGGGAAUUAUAAUACUAAAUACAUCACAGAGAACAGAAACCAUGACAUCUGUGUUUCUGACUGGAAUGCUGGUGCAGUAGUGGUGGUUAAUCAGGACGGAAAACUCAGAUGGAGGUACACCGGUCAUCCCUCAGUUACCAAGAACAAACCAUUUAAACCCUAUGGUAUCACAACAGACACUUUGAAUCAUAUCCUUACAGCAGAUUUUUACAACCAUUGUAUCCAUAUUCUAGAUCAGAAUGGACAGUUUCUUCGUUACAUAGAUAACUGUGAUCUUGAGUAUCCCACUGGUUUAUGUGUGGACAAUAAUGACAAUCUGUUUGUAUGUGAGAUUAACAUGGAUCCUCAUUCUAGUGCCCAGGAUGUACCUCGAUGUGACCUUUGUGAGACCACCUUAGUGCACAGCUACUGUGACUUUUGUCAUGUCAACCUCUGCAAGCCCUGUGUAGUAGAUCACAUCUCGGAUGGAUAUGACAAACAUAAAAUUGUUUCUUUCCAGGAACGUAGAUCAACCCUCAUUUAUCCAAAAUGCGAAACGCAUCCACACAGAAUUUGUGAAUUUCGGUGCAAGGAUUGUAACAACAUUUUUGUUUGUUCUUCCUGCAUGGCAUCUGAACAACACAAAGGACAUAAUUUUGUAGAAGUUACAGAAGUUUACAAGACAAUGAAAGACAAUAUAAAAAAAGACAAAAAAGAGUUAGAAAAUCAUAUUUCUCCUACAUAUGAAGAAAUUGAACUUGACUUAGAAACUCAGCUUGUCAAACUGGAUGGAGGAUAUGAGAAACUAACAACAACAAUGUCCAAACAAGGAGAGCAAUGGCACAGAGAAAUCGACAUCGUCAUCAACAAAAUGAAAACCGAAAUUAACGAGAUAAAAGUGAAGCACAGAGACAUUUUAAAGAAACACUUGAAUGAAAUCAAACAGACACAGUCUCUUAUAAAACAAACAUUACAAGCCAUUAGGAAAAUAGAGAAAUCCACUGAAGUAUCUUUAACUAUUGAAUACAGCUCUAAGAUCAGAGAGUUCAGCAAGCUUCCACCCAAGAUUCAGGUGUCACUGCCAACAUUUAUUCCAAAAUUAAUAGACCGUAAGAAGCUGUAUAGUUUGUUUGGACAAAUCACCCCAUUAUCUACUGCAACAGAGGAAAAUGUCAUGUCACCGAACCAACCAAACACUUCCGUCAGAGAACUACUGGACGAACCAGAGCUUGUUACCACAAUAAAGACUGGGUAUGAAAAACUACGCACUGUUUCCUGUCUAAAUGAUGGUAGUAUAUGGACGAGUGGAAGGACCAAUGAUAUCAAAUGCUACAGCAUUAAAGGUUCACUCCUCCAGACAAUCAAAACAAAAUCAGAAGAAUGGCCUAAUGAUAUAACUGUAGAUAGUGAUGGUGAUCUACUGUACUGUGAUUGGACAGACGGGACAGUAAAUAAAGUAAAGAAUGACCAGACAAAAGAGUUGAUAAGAUUACAGGGAUGGAGGCCUGGUAAUCUGUGUGUCACCUCUACUGGUGAUCUCCUGGUUACCAUGUACAGUGAUGAUGACACUCAAUCCAAAGUUGUCCGUUACUCGGGAUCUACAGAGAAACAAACAAUUAAAUUUAAUGAUGAAGGUAAACCUUUGUACUCAGGGAAUAAUAAUACUAAAUACAUCACAGAGAACAGAAACCAUGACAUCUGUGUAGCUGACAGUGAGGCCGGUGCAGUAGUGGUGGUUAGUCAGGACGGGAAACUCAGAUGGAGAUAUACCGGUCAUCCCUCGGUUACCAAGAACAAACCAUUUAAACCCUGGGGUAUCACAACAGACAGUCAGAGUCGUAUCCUGACAGCAGACAACAACCAUUGUAUCCACAUUCUGGAUCAGAAUGGACAGUUUCUCCGUUACAUUGAUAACUGUGAUCUGGAGGAUCCUUUUGGUUUAUGUGUGGACAAUAAUGACAAUCUGUUUGUGUGUGAGUAUUUCAAAGGCAAUGUAAAGAAAAUCAGAUAUCUAAAGUAGAUGUCAUCAAUUGUUAAAAUGUGAUGUAAUUCAAACAAAAGUGGCCUUCUAUAUUGAAUGUCAUUGUUGGCAUUUCAUAUAAAAUAUAUUUGAACUUAAGUUCUCUUAUACUGAUGAAUUCAUUAAUUAUAAUAAUUUAACAGAUAAAUAAAUAAUAACUUUAUUUUUGAUAAAAACAUUUCUAAUUUUCAACCAUUAUUUGAAGAAGGGGCAUUUAAAUUUUGUUUGCAUGCACUAUACAGCUAUUGUAUCUUAUCAAAUA